GUAGAAGAAGAUUCGCUGAUUCUGGGUGUUUAGCCAAUUUGUGUUGUGACUAGCUGAAAUAUAUUUAGCUACUACCUGGUUAGCUAGUUAUACAAUUUUGAAAUGGACUUGGAUUGUGGUCCGUACGAACCUGGUUUUGUUGGGAUCAGAUUCUGCCAAGAAUGUAACAACAUGUUGUAUCCUAAAGAGGACAAGGAGAACCGUAUACUGCUGUAUGCUUGCAGGAAUUGUGACUAUCAGCAGGAGGCAGACAACAGCUGCAUCUAUGUGAACAAAAUUACCCAUGAAGUGGAUGAACUUACACAGAUUAUUGCUGAUGUGUCCCAAGAUCCAACACUACCACGGACAGAGGACCACCCAUGCCCUAAGUGUGGCCACAAGGAGGCAGUGUUUUUCCAGUCUCACAGCAUGAAAGCUGAGGAUGCAAUGAGGCUCUAUUAUGUGUGCACAGCCCCACACUGUGGACACAGAUGGACAGAAUAAGGAAGAGUUGGAGGGAAGAAUAUACAUUGAGGAUGAGAAGUUCCAAAGUCAUUAACUAAGUCCACCUCACUAACUGCAAAUGCUAAUGAUGAGGUUUAGUAAGUGUAGUGACUUAUUUGAACUAAAUCAUCGAACCAAACCUUUUUUGGAAGUGGUAGAUAUACUGAGUUAUAGUUACAUUCCUUUGUAAUAAUGUUAACGUGAACACUUUGUUUAUUCUUAAUUAAAGGAUAAUACAACAACAUAAA